GGCUGAGAUCCCUGCUGGGCCUUGCCAGAGCUGAGCUUCAGCACCGCGGGGAUGAAUCUGCCCUGGGGAAGGAGCCCUGCCCGCUUGUGGAUUUGCCCUGAGUCAUCCCUCUCUCCUGAGGCCACAGGAAGAAACCAUUGUGUGCAGGGGUGGAGGCAGCCCUCAGCCCAGGCCUAAACCAGGGAGGCCUGGGAAAGUGGGGCCAUGGACUGGGUGAAAAAUGGCCACGGCAGGGGGUCUCCCGGCAGGCCGAGUCAUGGAGCCAGCCUCCCCCAAUAGCCUGGUCCUCCCACCAUGAGCGUGCGAGAGCCCCGGUGCACCGUGCUAGCCAGUGGGCCUAGAGCCAGAGAUCUGAGGCCUUUGGGGCAGCCCUGCGGGUGCCUGGGGAGGGACGGGUGCUGGUAGGAGGGAUAGCCCAAGCCAGCUGACAAGCGGGGCGGGCCAUGCUCACACCAGCCCUUGGGCGGGCUCAGACCAAGUUUCACUUCCCGCCACUGCUGCUGCCGGCAGCAAGAACCAGGCAGAGUGUGCACCCCGAGUCAUUGCUGCCUGCCGGCUCCUUGGUAAGUGAGAACCCCCAAGGGAAUGAGGCAGGGUGGGAGGGCCGUGGGUACCCCCCACACUAAGAGGCCACCAGGGGAGGAGCUGAGCCUGCACCUGAACAGCCGAGUGAGCGGGUCCCACUAAAGAAGCCAUCCUACCUUCUCUGUCUUCCUGCCUGAAAGUGGGUGCUGGAGCUCAGCAACAGGCCCUAAUGGGGCAGGGAAGGCCAGAGAGGUGUUCCCACCCCACCCGCCCUACUGCCCGUCAGCGGGCACUCACCCUCCCACCCCAACCCCCUGCUCCUCCGCAGGCUCAGCGGCGGACACCCACCAUGGGCUCGCGGGCCCUGCCCCCAGGGCCUGUGCAGACCCUCAUCUUCCUGGACCUGGAGGCCACCGGCCUGCCCUUCUCCCAGCCCAAGAUCACUGAGCUGUGCCUGCUGGCCGUCCACAGAUAUGCCCUGGAGGGCCUUUCCGCCCCUCAGGGGCCUGCGCCGACAGCGCCUCCACCGCCCCGGGUGCUGGACAAGCUCUCCCUGUGCGUGGCUCCAGGGAAGGCGUGCAACCCCGCGGCCAGCGAGAUCACGGGCCUGAGCACCGCAGUGCUGGCUGCCCACGGGCGUCGGGCCUUUGACACCGACCUGGUCAACCUGAUCCGCGCCUUCCUGCAGCGCCAGCCACAGCCCUGGUGCCUCGUGGCCCACAAUGGUGACCGCUACGACUUCCCCCUGCUCCGGGCUGAGCUGGCGCUGCUGGGCCUGGCCAGUGCUCUGGACGACGCCUUCUGUGCGGACAGCAUCGCUGCCCUGAAGGCCCUGGAGCCGGCUGGCAGCUCCUCGGAGCACGGCCCAAGGAAGAGCUACAGCCUGGGCAGCAUCUACACACGCCUGUACGGGCAGGCCCCGCCAGACUCGCACACUGCCGAGGGAGACGUGCUCGCCCUGCUGAGCGUCUGUCAGUGGAGGCCGCGGGCCCUGCUACGGUGGGUGGAUGCUCAUGCCAAGCCCUUCAGUACCAUCAAGCCAAUGUACGUGGUCACAACCUCUACUCGAACCGACCCAAGGCCAUCUGCUGUCACAGCCACAGUGCCCCUGGCCAGAGCCAGCGACACCGGCCCCAACCUUCGUGGAGACAGGAGCCCCAGGCCAACCUCUUCCCCAGUGAAGCGCCCUGGAGCCCCACCCGGGGAGGGGCUGCUGGCCCCUCUGGGCCUGCUGGCCUUCCUGACUUUGGCGGUAGCCACGCUGUAUGGGCUGUCACUGGCCAUACCCGGGCAGUAGGCCAGGAAGGGAAGUCUGACUAAUAAAAAACCCCCACAGCACUGA